UCAAAAGUCUUCUCCUCCCCUUUUCUCUUAUGGAUUGCAAUUUGAAGAUUUAUCUGGUCUCCUCCACCGACUCGCCCGAGUUCACUAGCCUGACUCGGUUCCUGACUCGCUCUCCGAUCGUCGCAUUCGAUGCCGAAUGGAAGCCCCUUCGUUCCCCUUCCUCGUCGUUCCCAACCGUCACUCUCCUCCAGGUCGCUUGUCGACUCGGCCACGACUCGGAUGAUGAUUCGGCUGUUUUCCUCAUCGACCUGACCUUGAUUCCUCUCCCGUCCGUGUGGGAGCUAUUGCGGGACGCCUUCGUGUCGCCGGAUGUGCUGAAAUUAGGGUUCCGUUUCAAGCAGGAUUUGAUUUACUUGUCCUCUACAUUUACUCAGCGAGGAUGCGAAAGUGGAUUCCACGAGGUGAAGCCCUACUUGGACAUCACAAGCAUAUACAAUCACCUACAGCAUAAGCGGAUUGGUAGGCAGGCACCAAAAGAUAUCAGGAGCUUGGCAGCUAUUUGUAAGGAAGUGCUUGGUGUUUCAUUGUCAAAGGAACUACAAUGUAGUGAUUGGUCACUUCGCCCUCUUACAGAAGCGCAGAAACUAUACGCUGCUACAGAUGCUCACUGCUUGCUCCAAAUAUUUGCUGUAUUCAAGGCCAAGCUUGUUGAAGAUGGCAUCACAGAGCUGGACUCUUCGGACUUGAAUGUUGGCCUAAGAGAAAUUCUUGAGAUAUCAAAUCAUGGGAAUACUAUAGUCACAGUUAAAAUUUGCAAGGCUUUAGAUGUAAUCAGAGCAACAUCCGAAAGUUGUCAAAGCCUUGCCAAUGGAGUGGUUUCGAGAAAAUCAAUCCGAAAUACCAUGCCGAUGGAUGAAAUCCUGUUGAAGAUUGUCAGGAGGUAUGGAGAAAGGAUUUUGUUGAAGGAAUCUGAUCUUCGACCAAAGAACUCCAAAAGGAAAGCAAGAAGGCGUGUCGCUUCGAAUACUGUGGACAGAGACAAGCAGUUGUCCUGUUGUGGGGAUUGGCAAGGCCCUCCACCAUGGGAUGCAUCUCUGGGUGGUGAUGGCUGCCCAAAAUUUCUCUUGGAUGUGAUGGUUGAAGGUUUGGCCAAACAUCUACGGUGUGUGGGAAUAGAUGCUGCAGUUCCACAUUCGAAGAAGCCGGAACCAAGGGAAUUGCUUGAUCAAGCAUACAGAGAAAACAGAGUUCUCUUGACAAGGGAUGCAAAACUAUCAAGACACCAGUACUUGGGGAAGAAUCAGAUAUAUCGAGUCAAGAGCCUUCUAAAAAACGAGCAGCUACUCGAGGUGAUAGAGACUUUCCAGCUAAAGAUCAAAGAGGAUCAAUUGAUGUCGAGAUGCACGAAAUGCAACGGGAAGUUUAUUCAGAAACCUCUAACCAUUGAAGAGGCCAUUGAAGCAGCAAAGGGUUUCCAAAGAAUUCCCAACUGCUUAUUUAACAAGAAUUUGGAAUUCUGGCAGUGCAUGAACUGCCACCAGCUUUAUUGGGAGGGAACUCAGUACCAUAACGCUGUGCAGAAGUUUAUGGAAGUAUGCAAGUUGAAUGAAUGAUUAUUUUUCUUUCAUACUCAUUUUUUGUAUCUUGUCUUUGAACUUUGGUGUCUUGUCUUGUCCCUGAGUAUUGGAACUCACCGUUACAUAUUUGUAAUUUGCACAUUCUUUUGGGUAAUUUGUUUUCUAUUUCCGUAAUAAAUUAUUAGAUUUGGUUGAA